AUGAAUAAAUUUUUCCAAAUAUUAGAAUAUUUUAAAAUUGAAUUGUCUAUUAAUUUUAGUAUAACAUUUAUAUUUAUAAAUAUAUUACUAGUUUUCUUCUCUACAUUUUUAUAUAGAAAUAUUAAAAAGGUUAAUGAUCCAGAUUCGUACAAAACUUCAUACGAAAGAAAAGAGAAAGAUUCAACUUUUGAUGAGGAAGAAAAUUUUGAUAUUCUCAAUAUAUUUUCAAAUGAUCCAAAAUCUGUAGAAAAUAUUUACGAAUUAGAAAAUGAUAUAUAUAACAAAAGUGAGGAGAGUAGUAUCUGCAGUAAUCAUAAUAAAAACCUUGAUGAAAAGACUUAUAAAAUAAAUAAAAAAAAAGUUACAAUAUAUUUAAAACUAAAUGAAGGCUUAGAAAAUAUUAAACAAGAAUUACAUAUAAUAGAUAGAGAACUAAAAAAUAUUUUACAGAAAGAAGAAAAUUUACAACUUAUAAAUGAAGAAGAAAAUAUAAUAAUUGAAAAAACAAAGAGUGACAAAUAUGAUGAAAAGGAAAAUAAAUCAAAUGAUAACAUAUUAAGUAAAAAACAUGAUGAUGAAAAUAUCAACAAAUCUGAUAUAAGAAAUACCUUGGAUAGUGAACUUAAAAAAAAAUAUGAAUUGUGUAAGGAAAAUAAUCAAUUAUUAGAAAAUCAUCAUAAUAAUGAUAAUAAUCAGGAGGAUAAUAAUAUUUGCGAAAUUGAAAAACAGGAUUACAAUAAUUAUAAUAGCGAUAAUAAGAAUCAUAAUGAUAUUUUUAAUUACAAUUAUGAAGAUAUAUCAUUAGAAAAAGAUAAAAAUAUUCAUCACACCAAAGAAAUAACAAAAAAUGAUACAUUAUGUAAUACUUUGGAUAGUAUAAAAAAUAAUCGACCUACAGAAGAAAAAACAAAAAAUUUUAAUUAUAAUGAAACCAAUAUUUAUGAAGAGAAUAAAAAGUUAAAAGAUAGUAUUGUUAACUCAAAAAAUGGAGAAAAUUUUUUACUUAAAAAUAACGAACAAAAUAUAAAUAAUAAUAUCAUUAAUGUUAAUCAAAAACAAAGUUCUGAUCAUAAAAAGGAAUCAUUUAAAAUAGAUACAAAAAAAAAUGACCAGAUUGAGCAAAAUUAUCAGAAUGGAAAAAAUGAAAAAAAUGAAGAAAAUGAAAAAAAUGGAAUGAAUGAACAAAAUGGAAAGAAUGAACAAAAUGGAAAGAAUGAACAAAAUGGAAAGAAUGAACAAAAUGAACAAAAUGACCAGAUUGAGCAAAAUUAUCAGAAUGACCCGAAUGACCAGAAUGAUCAGAAUGACCAGAAUGAAAAGAAUGACCAGAAUGAAAAGAAUGACCAGAAUAAAAAGAAUGAACAAAAUAUUGGACCUAAAAAAACUAAUGAAAUAUCUUAUGAUUCUAUAAAUAUUAAUAUAUCCAAUAAUCAGAAUCCAAAACUAUCAAAUGUUUUUGUAGAAGAUAUAAAAAGAAUACUACCUAUUUCCAAUAACAAUUUAGAAAACUCUAUAACUACCAUUAAAAAUAUAGACGACCCUUCCAAUAGUACGAAACAAGAGUUACAAAACAGUGAUUAUGAAAAUAUGCACGCAAAUAAAAAAAUUGAAAAUGGAAAAGAAAGUUUCAUAUGUGAUAUUACAUCUAAUACAAAUAUAACAAGAAAUUCUAUGGACAUACCUAAUAUAAUGGACAGAAAAAAAAGUGAAUAUGAUAAGGAGGUGGAUAAUGUAAGUAUAAAAAAAAAAAGUUACAUAAAUCAUAAUAUGCAAAGGGAAAAUACAAGGGAAGAUCCUUCUAACAAUAUGGAUUAUACGAACAAAAGUACGAGUGAUUCUAAUGAUAUAGAAAAUGAGAAUAAAAUGGAAAGAUGCACAAAUAUUUUAGGUUUAGAUAAAAGAGAAACUGUUAUUAAAAUAAAUGACAUUAACAAAGAUAAUAAACAUACUAAUGGUAUUAAAUGUGAGGAUAAAAGGAAAAGUACUUCUAUUCAUAUGGAAGAUAUAAACAAUAGUACAAAUUAUCUUAAUAAUAAAGAAUAUAAUAGUAAAGGGGAAAAUAAUAACAAUAUUUUAGGUGAUGAUAAAAGAGAAAGUACUUUUAAAAUAUAUGAUAUACAAAAAAGUGAGUAUAAUUCGAAUGAUUUACAAUAUGAUAAUAAAAGGGAAAGAACUUCUAUUAACCUGGAUAAUGGGAACAAAAAUAAUGUUGAUAUUAAUAAUUAUAUAAAUGUUGAUGAUACAAAGGAAAGGAUUUCUAUUAAUCUGGAUAAUGUGAACAAAAAUAAUGUUGAUAUUAAUAAUUAUAUAAAUGAUGAUAAUACAAAGGAAAGGACUUCUAUUAAUCUGGAUAAUGGGAACAAAAAUAAUGUUGAUAUUAAUAAUUAUAUAAAUGAUGAUAAUACAAAGGAAAGGACUUCUAUUAAUCUGGAUAAUGGGAACAAAAAUAAUGUUGAUAUUAAUAAUUAUAUAAAUGAUGAUAAUACAAAGGAAAGGACUUCUAUUAAUCUGGAUAAUGGGAACAAAAAUAAUGUUGAUAUUAAUAAUUAUAUAAAUGUUGAUAAUACAAAGGAAAGGACUUCUAUUAAUCUCGAUAAUGGGAACAAAAAAAAUGUUGAUAUUAAUAAUUAUAUAAAUGAUGAUAAUACAAAGGAAAGGACUUCUAUUAAUCUGGAUAAUGGGAACAAAAAUAAUGUUGAUAUUAAUAAUUGUAUAAAUGUUGAGGAUAAAAGGGAAAGAUAUUCCCAUAUUUUAAACAUUAAUAAAAGAGAAAGUAUUAUUAAAAUUAAUGAUAUGAAAAAAACUAAGAGCGAUUCUAAUGACAUAAAAAUAAAUGAUAAUAGAACGGAGAUGUAUUCUAAUAUUUUCGAGAUUAAUGAAAAGGAAAGAACAUCUAUUAAAGUAGACACUGUGAAAGAAAAUAAAAGUGAUAGUAAUGAUAUAGAGAAUGGUAAUAAAAUAGAAAGGCAUUCCAACGUUUUAUAUAUUAAUCCAACAAAAUUUGAUCCCAUAAAAAUAAAUGAUAUUAAUAAGAAAGGAGAAAGAUACUAUGACAAUAUAGAAAAUGAAGACAAAAGAGAAAUUUAUACUAAUAAUGACGAAUAUAUGGAUAAACGAGAAAGUAAUACUAACCAUAUUUAUAUAAAUAAAAAGGAAAGUUAUUUGGAAAAUGCAAAAGAUGUUAUUAAAAAGGAAAGCCCUCUUAACAAUGUUGAAGAUACGAAAAAAGAGGAGAGUUAUAGUAAAAAUAUAGAAAAUGCGAAUAAGGAAGAAUAUGAAUCAAACGAAGAAACAUACGUAAAUAAAAUGGAAGAGGAUUCUAACGAUAUAGAAGAUAUUAGUAAUAGAAAAUAUGAGUAUAAAGAAGGACAAUAUUUAAAUAAAGGAGAAAAAUACAUUAACAAUAUAGAUAAUGUUAGUAUAAAGGAGAGUUAUUAUAAUAAGAGAGAAAAAGAGAGUAUUGAAAUAAGUAAUUUAAAUAAACGAGAAAGUUGCACUAGUAAUAUAAACAAUUUUAGAAUACGAGAAAAUCAAUCUAACAUGGUAGAAUAUGAAAAUAAAAGAAAAAGCGAUAAUAUUGAAAUAAAUAAUUUGAAUAAAGCAGAUAUUUAUGUUAACAGUAUAAAAAAUGUUAGUAAAAGAAAUAGUUCUUAUAAUAAGAAGGAACGAGACAGUAAAAAAGAUAGAGACAGUGUAUAUGAUGAGAAUAGAAGGAAAAGUAGUGCUUAUCAAAUUAAUGAUAUAUAUAAUAUAAGAGAUAAAAGCAAAGAGAAAAUUGACAUGGAUACUAUUCAAGAUAUGAAUAAAAGGAAAAGCUAUGUAGAUAAUAUACAUAUUACAAAUAAAAAAUAUAGUGAUAUAAAUAAUGCAGAAGAUGUUAUAAGAGAAAAAAAAUAUGAAGAUUAUAAUAUAAGUGUUAUGUAUAAUAUGCAUAAUAAGAGAGAUCAAAGAAAAGAGAGUAAUAUUAAUAUAUAUAAUGAUAAUAAUAUGAGACGAAGUACUAUUAAUAAGAUAAAUGAUGAGAACAGUAUGCACAAUGUAAAAAAUGAAAUUAAAAAUAUUGAUAAUAAUAACAAUGUGGAUAAAAUAAAUGUGAAUAAAAGUAAUACGGAUAAAAUAUACAUGGAUAAAAUAUACAUGGAUAAAAUAUACAUGGAUAAAAGAUACAUGGAUAAAAGAUACAUGGAUAAAAGAUACAUGAAUAAAAGAUACAUGGAUAAAAUAUACAUGGAUAAAAUAUACAUGGAUAAAAUAUACAUGGAUAAAAUAUACAUGGAUAAUGAAUAUAUGACAGAUAAUAUAAUUAAAAAAAAUGAUAAAUAUAAUAAUAAUAAUAAUAAUAAUAAUAGUGAUGUUGUUGAAUAUGUAAAUGAAAGAAAACACACAUCUCUUAUUAACGAACAUUAUUUAUAUGAAAGAAAGAGUAACGUAGAUAAAAUGAAGGAUAUUAAUAAAGGAGAGAAUGAUAUAUUAUAUGAUGUAUAUAAUAAUAGUGAAAAAAAAAACACAAAAAGUAGUUUAUAUAGAAAUCCUGAAAUUAUUACUCAAGGGGGAAAUGAUAAUAUAAAUAAUAUGAAUGAACAUAUAAGUAGUUUAAAUAAAGUUUAUCGUAUUAGUAAUAAAAAAAGUAAUAAUAAUUAUAAAGGACAAGAUUAUACAUAUAUAGUAAAUGAAAAUAGUGGAAGAAAUAGUUCUAUGUAUAAUAAUAUAAAUAAUUCAGAUAAUAUGAAUAAAAAAGAAUGUGAUUUUAUUAAUGAUAAAGAAAAUAUAAAUAAACGAAUAAGUGAAAUAUAUGACUUACGUCAAAUAAAUCAUAAUGAAAGUAAUAUAGAGAACAUGGAAAAUAUAAAAAAUAUGGAAAAUAUAAAAAAUAUGGAAAAUAUAAAAAAUAUGGAAAAUAUCGAACAUAUAAAAAAUAUGGAAAACAUGGAACAUAUAAAAAAUAUACAAAACAUCGAACAUAUAAAAAAUAUUGAAAAUAUACAAAAUAUACAAAACAUGGAACAUAUAAAAAAUAUUGAAAGUAUACAAAAUAUACAAAACAUGGAACAUAUACAAAAUAUUGAAAAUAUACAAAAUAUUGAAAAUAUACAAAAUAUUGAAAAUAUAAAAACUAUCGAAAAUAUAAAAAAAAACAUAGAAAAUAUAAAUAACAAAGGUAGUUUAAUGGUAAAUUCUAAUAAUAUUAAUGAAAACAUAAAAAAAGAAAGUGAUAUUUAUAAAAUUGAAUGUGAUGAUGAUCAUAUGUGUGAUGUAACUAAAAUUAAAGGUGUAGAUAAACAAAUGAGUGAUACACAUAAAAUUAAAUAUGAUGAUAACGAAAAAAAUAAUGAGAAUAAAAGGAAAAGUGGUAUAAAUAAAGUUUUUGAUAUUAUUAAAAGAACAAUGGAUUCUUAUAAUAUUUAUAAUUUAAGUAAAUGUAAAAUUGAUGAAGACAACAUAUAUAUGUUGAAUGAGAAAAAAAAAAACAAUAUAAAUAAUAUGAAUAAAAGGAAAAGUGAAAAUACAUAUAAUAUAAAUGAAAGAGAAAAGGAUGAUAUGAAUAGAAGAAUGACUGAAAAUACAUAUAAUUUGAAUAAAGAAAAAAAUUUAAGUGUACAUAAUAUUAAAAAUAUACAACCAUACAAUAUAAAUAAUAAUAUAUAUGAAAAAACGAAUGAUACAAUCGAUAAUUUAAAUGAAACAGGAAAAAACAAUACGAAUGAUAUAAGUAUAAAAGGAAGUGAUAAGAAUAAAGAAUAUAAAUUUUAUGAUAAUGAAAAUAAAGAUAAUAUAAAUAUGAUAAUAAGAGAUACAAUUAAUAUGUCUAAUCUAAAUAAUAAUAUAAGUGAUAAUAUGCAAAUGGCCAUUCACAAGGAAGAAAAAAAUAUACAUAAAAUGAAUAGAAAAAUAACAUAUACAAACAAUUUAUAUAAUAUAAAUGAAAGUAAAACUGAAUAUACUAUUAAUAUAAAUGAACAAGAAGAAAAAAGUGAUUUUAUAAAUAAUGACAAUAUAAAAAUGGAUAAUGAAGAUAAACUAUAUAAUUGUAACGAAAGAAACAAUCAUAUACAUAAAGAAAAUAAAAGAAACGAUAUUAAGUAUGAUAAUUUUAAAAAGGAUAACAUAAGAAAAAAUAUGGAUAACACGAAAAAUAUAGAAAAUAUGAACAAUAUAGAUAAUAUGGAUAAUACGAAACAUAUAGAAAAUGUCAAUAAUAUGAAAAAUAUAGAAAAUGUGAAUAAUAUAAACAAUAUAGAUAAUAUGGAUAAUAAGAAACAUAUAGAAAAUGUCAAUAAUAUGAAAAAUAUAGAAAAUGUGAAUAAUAUAAACAAUAUAGAUAAUAUGGAUAAUAAGAAACAUAUAGAAAAUAUAAAUAAUAUGAAAAAUAUGGAAAAUAUGAAUAAUAUAAACAAUAUAGAAAAUAUGAAUAAUAUGAAAAAUAUAGAAAAUAUGAAUAAUAUGAAAAAUAUAGAAAAUAUGAAUAAUAUAAACAAUAUAGAAAAUAUUAAUAAUAUGAAAAAUAUACAAAAUAUUAACAAUAUAGAAAAUAUGGAUAAUAUGAAUAAUACGAAAUAUAUAGAAAAUAUGGAUAAUAUGAACAAUAUAGAAAAUAUGAAUAAUAUAAAUAAUUAUAAUAAAAUUUAUGAUGUUAAUAUAAUUAAUAAUAAAAAUUAUGACAGUACAUAUAAUGAACUAUACGAAAAAGACAAUCAAGAAGAAAAUAAAAAUAUAUGCAAUGAUAAAUUAGAUAAUUCAAUUAAUGAGAAAACAAAAUAUAUGAAAACGUUAAGAGAAUAUUUUGUUAAGAGUGAAAAAGAAAUAGAAGAUCAAAAAAAAAAUAAUAUGAAUGAUAUGUAUACAAGAAGAGAAGAGGAAAAAAUAAAAGACAAUGAAGAUUGGAAAUUAUAUGAUUUCAAAAACCUCAAGGAAAAAUAUAAAUUUCAAAUGAAUAUGAAAGAUAGUGAAAUAAAUCAAUUACAAAAUAAUUUAAUAGAUGAAUUUAAAGAAUUAAAUGAAGUAUCCAAAUUAAAAAAUAACUUAAAAGGAAAAACAUACAAUUCUAAUAUAGGAGAAGAAAUGUUGGAAGAAAAUAAGGAAAAACAACAUGGAAAUUAUGUAGGUGAAUAUUUUGAUAGGAAUGAUAUGAUUUUAAAAGAGCGCAUAUUUGAAUAUGCCAAACAUAAGACAAGCAUAGAUAUGUUAAAGCAUCCCGAUGAUAUAAAAAGAAACUCGAAGGACCUCAAAAAGUGGAAGUCUCAGGUCAUAACUAAGAAAUACGCGGAUGACUGGCUCUCAUCAGACGUCUUGUUAUCUUGUUUUUUAAACUUUAUAAAAUUAAAAAAAUAUGUUAAUAUAACGGAAUUAUCAGUGAAAUUUCAAACUACCACCGACGAUAUCAGGGAAAAGCUCGAGGAACUUGAAGAACAAGAUAUGAUAAAUGGGGUGUUAGAUGAAAAAGGAAAUUAUAUUUAUUUAUCACAAGAAGAAAUUAAUAAAUUAUGUUUUGAAAUUCAGUCCAAAGGGAAAGUGAAUACGCAUGAUGAUUUUGUAAAAAUUUGCAACAAGGUCAUAUCGUUAAGUGUUAAUGAUAAGGACAUGGAAAAGUUAAAGGAAGAAGAAGAAAAAAUAAUUAAAGCUAAAACAGAAAUAUUUUAA